CAACAAAAUGAAAAUGACAAUUGAGUUGUUUAUUAUUGUAAAAACUUAUGUUUUCGCGGGAAGUUCUUAGAAAGUAUUUAAUAAAAAGUAGAAUAAUUUAUAAUAUCAAUAUGUCGCUAUCAAAUGGUUCAACAAAACGUGGUGCUCUCAUAGUUUUUGAAGGGUGCGACCGAUCUGGGAAAUCAACUCAAAGUUCCAUGCUUGAAACAUACUUAAAAUCGCAGAAUGUUCCCGUUAAACGUAUGGCAUUCCCUGACAGACAGUCAGUCAGUGGCAAGUUGAUCAAUGAUUAUUUAACAAACAAACAAGAAAUGCCCGAUGAGAGUAUUCACCUGCUGUUUGCCAUCAACCGUUGGGAAAUUCAAAACGAAAUGAAACAACUUCUUAACUCUGGAACCACUUUGGUCGUUGAUAGGUAUUCAUACUCCGGAGUUGCCUAUAGCACUGCCAAGGGUCUAAGCUUCGAUUGGUGUCAAGCUCCAGAAAAAGGACUUAUUCAACCGGAUAUAGUUUUCUAUUUGAAAGCUGAUAUUGACGCUUUAACUAGUAGGAGCAAUUUUGGGGAGGAAAGAUACGAAAAGAAGGAAUUCCAGAAAAGUGUAUCGAACGUAUUUAACCAAAUCUAUGAAGCAGAAAAAAGUUACUGGACGGAAGUGAGUGCCCAGCAGGAUGCUAAUAGUAUACAUGACCUGGUAUCAAAAGAAUCUGAAAACCUGAUAGCUGAAGUUGGCAAUAAGCCAUUGAAACUACUGUGGAAGUGAUGUCUGAAGUAUAUAUAAAUAUUGAAAUAGUCUG